AGUCGAUCAGAAGGUGGUUUUCGGACCAAAACACGAACUCGGGACUUCCUCUCUUGGACUUUGGUUUGUAUAAACACGAGUUAUAAUUUUGGUUCUUUAAAUCGGAUUCACGAAUGGGGGGAGACGAAUCGCCGGAUUCGGAUUCGGGGAGGAUGGACGAAAGUUCGGUCCGAAGGAGCCUGGAGACUCUGUGCCAGGAGCUGAACAUGGACGAGCAGACUGCUACUGAAGCCAUGGAGAACUUCACUGCAAUGUGGAACACAUACACACUGGAGGGGGAGGUGGUCCACUGGCUGGCGUGUUCGCUGUACGCAGCGUGCAGGAAGAGCUCUGUCCCCACAGUGGGCCGGGGUCUGAUGGAGGGGAACUGCGUCUCCCUCACCAGGAUCUUGCGCACAGCCAAACUCAGUCUGAUACAGUUCUUCUCAAAGAUGAGGAAGUGGGCAGACAUGUCCAACCUGCAGCAGGACUUUAGGUUGCGCAUGGACAGCUUGGAGCGUAACUUUGAGGUUUCCACGGUGAUAUUCCGCAAGUUUGAACCGAUCUUCAUGGACGUGUUCCAGGACCCACAGGGAGCGGAGCCUCCCAGGCAGCCACGCAGCAGGAAACACAGACGGCGGCCGUGCCACAUCACGGAUGUGUUCAAGUUCUGCUGGACUCUGUUUGUCUGCACUAAAGGGAACUUCCCUAUGAUCGCUGAUGACCUGGUGAACUCCUACCACCUCCUGCUGUGUUGUCUGGACCUGGUGUUCUCCAACGCUAGUCUCUGCUCCCACCGGGCCAACCUCAUCAACCCUGCAUUCACCGCUGGUCUUCCAGCCCAGCGUGGCGAGGGCCUGUCUUCCCCAGAGAAGGAUACCACCCCGUGCGUCUUGGAGCGCCUCUGUGAGCAGCACGAUGGCCUGGUGAUGGAGGCCAAGAGCAUCAAACAGCACUACUUCAGACCCUACAUGCACCGGCUCUUCAGCAGACAGAUUCUGAAAGGAAACAACGACCUGCUUACGGAAGUGCUGGACCCCCAGAACUUUAUUGACAACAAUAAGGCCAUCAACAGGGAGUACGAGGAGUAUGUGCUGACGGUGGGUGACUUUGACGAGCGUGUGUUCCUGGGGGCCGAUGCCGACGAGGAGAUAGGGACGCCCCGGAAGGCCCCGCUGGAACCCCCUACAAACCCCCUGCAGCAGCACGUACAGAAGUCAGCGUCUCUUGCUCCCUCGACCCCGCUGACGGGGCGGGGCUACCUCAAGGAGAAGGAGCUGCUCGUCACGCCCGUUUCCUCGGCAACGCAGAGUGUAACCCGGUUACAGAGCAUGGUGGCGGGACUGCGGACAACCCCCAGUGAACAUCUCAUCAGCAUCUUCAAGUCGUGUUCCAGUGACCCUACCGAGACCAUCCUGUGCAGGGUGAAGACACUGGGACAGACCUUCAAAGACCACUACACCAGAGACACGGACAACACGCCUGGAUCACACAUAGAUUUUGCGGAGAAGCGUCUGAAGCUGGCUGAGAUUCUGUACUUCAAGGUCCUGGAGAACGUCAUGGUGCAGGAGACCAAACGUCUCCCAGGGAAGGACAUGACCGUUCUACUGGGUCAGGAGUUGUUCCACAGCUCCUUGCUGGCCUGCUGUCUGGAGGUGGUGCUGUUCUCCUACAGCUCCCAGAGAACCUUCCCCUGGAUCACCUCCACUCUCAGCCUGCCCCCUUUCUACUUCUUUAAGGUGAUCGAGGUGUUCAUCCGGGCGGAGGAGGGUCUCUCCAGGGACAUGGUGAAACACCUGAACUCCAUUGAGGAGCAGGUCCUGGAGAAGGAGGCGUGGACCCGGGACUCUGCCCUGUGGACCGCCCUGGGGGCUUCUGGACACCAGGUCCCGACUGUAGAGGAGGUGAACUUCUCCGAUUGUCUGGACGGUGGACCAGGAGCGGCCGGAGGUUCUGGUCCGUCCUCCGCCCACCUCCCCCUUGUGGCGCAGUCCCCCCUCGCCCACCCCCGCAUCCGCCAGGUCCGCACCGGCCUGGGCAGCGCCCGCAAAGACAUCCCUCCCUCGCCCCUCUCCGUCCACGACCGCUUCAGCUCGCCCGCCGCCGGCAGCGCUAAGCGUCGGCUCUUCGGGGACGACCCCCCAGCGACCCCGUCGUCCGGGGCGACGGCAGCCAUGCCCUCUCCCGCCAAGCGGCUGGUGUUCGGCACGAUGGGGACCCUGAAGAUAGGGCCCCCCGGGGGCCAGACCACCCUGGUGACGGUCCACCCAGGUGGCCUACUGCAAGGUAUGAACAGCAACGGCAACAUCACGUUGCUCCAGCUCCAGCCCAGUCCGGGCCCCCAGAACGGACCAAUCACAGCCCAGUUCCUUCUGACCACAUCCCCGAGCCGUGUCAGUGCGGCCCCCGCAGCCUCGGAGCCCCCGCCAGGGAGCACCCGGCCCCGACGCACAGGCUCCCUGGCUCUGUUCUUCAGGAAGGUGUACCACCUUGCCAGCGUGCGUCUGAGGGACCUGUGCGUGAAGCUGGACGUGUCCUCUGAGCUGCGUGGGAAGAUAUGGACGUGUUUUGAGCACGUGGUCGUCCACUGCUCUGAGAUGAUGAAGGACCGACACCUAGACCAACUGCUGCUGUGUAGCGUCUACAUCGUCUCCAAGAUCACCAGGGAAGGUCAGUCCUUCCAGGACAUCAUGAAGUGUUACCGCAGCCAGCCACAAGCUAACAGCCACGUGUAUCGUAGUGUACUGUUGAGUCACACCUCUAAAGACCAGGGAGCAGAUGAGAACAUGGAGAUAGAUCCUGCCUCUGGUGGAGAAUCGGCAGAGAAGGCCAAUCAGGGCUCAGGAGAGGCGAGCCCUGACCAACCAGUGGAGGAGCGGGGUGACCUCAUCCAGUUCUACAACACUGUGUUCAUACUGAAGAUGAAGAGCUUCGCUUUGAGAUACGCAACACAUGACAACAGGGUGGACGCGCCCCCUCUUUCGCCCUUCCCCUCGGUGAGAGCCCAGCCCCUCUCUCCUCGCCGCGUCUCCCAGAGACACUCCCUCUACGUCUCCCCCCACAAGAACGCUUCCCCCUCCUGCUCCUCCCCCAACCCCUACACCUACCGCUUCAACCGCAGCCCCUCCAAGGAGCUGUCAGACAUCAACAAGAUGUUGCGUCAGGGCUGCGUGAGCCGGAAGAGGGCGUUCACCAUGGAGGGGGAGGUGAUGAUGUCAUCGGCGUGCGACUCCCCCACAAAGAGGGCGUGUCCCGAGGGAGGCGGUGGCAGCCCGGACGUCCUGUUGAAGAGACUACAGGAUGUAGUGUCAGAGAGACAGAGUCUGUAGACAGACAGGCAGACGACUGGAGAGAAGGACAGCUGGGGAGACAGACCGACAGGUGGAGUGAAGGCAGCGAGGGAGACGGGUGUAGAGACAGACAAACAUGGAGACACAGACUGACGCACAGGCGGAGAGACUUGACAAGAAGACACAGGUUGACAUGAAGACAGACACGUGUAGAGACAGACGGAAAAUACGUUGUGUCAGGGAGAUGGUCUGUAGACAUACAAGGCCGACAGGUAGGGAACUGACAGACACAGAAACAGGCAUACGGAUUAACGGAUGGACAGACAGAUUGUCAGUCGUUCUAUGUCUGAUUAUGUCUACACCUAUGUAAUGCCGAGACCUUACAGUCUCUGCCAUGUGUGCCCCUAAAAUUUCUGGUUGCGCCCCGAAGAUUUUCAGUUAGGGGCCACAGUGCUCCUAGUGAAAAAAGUUAGUCUGGAGCCCUGGCUGAGUGUCAUGUACAUUAACAGACAGACUGCUGUAGAGUGUCAUACAGUAACAGGCCGACUGCUGUAGUGUCAUGUACAGUAACAAACUGUUGUGGAGUCAUGUACAGUAACAGACAGGCUGCUGCAGAGUCAUGUACAGUAACAGACCGACUGCUGUAGAGGGUCAUGUACAGUAACAAACUGUUGUGGAGUCAUGUACAGUAACAAACUGUUGUGGAGUCAUGUACAGUAACAGACAGGCUGCUGCAGAGAGUCAUGUACAGUAACAGACCGACUGCUGUAGAGGGUCAUGUACAGUAACAGACCGACUGCUGUAGAGGGUCAUGUACAGUAACAGGCCGAAUGCUGUGUGAUGUGCACUUACUGGAGUGUUGAGGACUGGAGCAUCUCCAUCCAUUUUACCUGUAUCAUAGCCCUGCCUGUAUUUUACCUGUAAUAUACCUGUAUUUUUACGAUUUGUAAUUUUCUAGUGAGUAAGGGAAGCUGAAUGGUCCUUGUUUUGUCCUGUGAAGAGAGAUGUAUUGUAAAGCUUGUUUUAGCUCUAAGAGAUAAUCCAACCAACCAUUUACUAAGCAUUUUAGUGAUGUUUAUAAAGAUGGGUGCUAUUUUACAUGUUUCUACUUCUGGGUGUUCGUUUUUGUAGAUAAAAGGUACAUUUGGUUUUAAAUGUAAUAUUUUCAAGGGUUGGAUUUUUGUUUUUAAUUAUAUUGCCACAAAGCAAUAUAAAUAUUGUCCCUUGUGUGUUUUAUGGGCCAGAACACAUCUUAUUUUCUUUCAAUGAACACACCAUUAUGUUUUAAAAUAAAAAAAAUUGUAUAGAGACUAACUCAUAUCACUGGGUUGCUAAUUAAAAAUGUUAAUGAAUCUAAUACUGGGCAUUGAUUUUUAAUCCAAGGGAUGACAUGCAAAAGUAACAUUUUAUUUACUUUUUGGUCCAGCAUGGUCUUUGGGACCAAAGACUGUCUAGAGGCUAGCUGCUUGCAAGAUAUGCGGUUUACUCCUGGUAGAAGAUAAAUGCUAACAAUGCUUAAAGGAUAUUUUUCACGUCAUGCUAUCUAUACAGCUGAUGUACCAUAUGAAAGCUAAGACUUUCAUAUGGUAACAAGCAACAAUAAAAGCCAUA